CAGUCCCCCGAAGGCUCGGCGUUAGAGUCGGCUAGUCGUAGGUGCACAGGCGCACACGCCGAGCUCCGGGCUGGAAGUGACAGACGUUCUCCUGGGAGCUCUUCUGGAGGACGCCACAUACAUGUACUGAGGGGACGCCAUAAAUCUCCUCCAGGAUGGCCUCCUCCAUCAAGGCUCUCCAGCAGUGGUGCAAGCAGCAAUGCAAUGGAUAUCGUGACGUGAGCAUCACGAAUAUGACCACAUCGUUCAGGGACGGGCUGGCUUUCUGUGCCAUUCUACAUAAACACAGGCCUGACCUCAUAAAUUUUAACUCCCUUAGCAAGGAGAAUGUCUAUGAGAACAACCACCUGGCUUUCCGUGUUGCUGAGGAACAGCUCGGGAUUCCAGCUCUCCUGGAUGCGGAAGAUAUGGUCAUACUGAGGGUCCCGGACCGACUCAGCAUUCUGACUUACGUCUCCCAAUACUACAAUUACUUCCAUGGACGCUCGCCCAUUGGAGGCAUGGGAGCUGUAAAACGACCUCCUCCAGACACUUCUGAAGAACCCGCUGGAAAAAAACUAACCAAUCAUGUUCCUCAGCCCACAACCACUCCUCAACCAGCACAGAAGAGCAGCCCGGCGGUUGUAGAGAAUGCUCCUGUUCGAGCGGGUAUUAGAGAAAUUAAUCCUAACAGCGCCGUAAGCAGCAACUGCUCCAUCUGUGGUAAACAUGUCCACUUGGUCCAGAGGCACAUGGCUGAUGGAAAGCUCUAUCACAGGAAUUGCUUCAGGUGUAAACAGUGUUCGAGAACAUUGCAACCAGGCAGUUACAAAAUAGGAGACCAUCCGGGUACAUUUGUCUGCACAAAUCACCAUUGUAACACUCCCUCCCCUACAUCUACUAGUGUCUCUUCCACUGGACCAUAUGCACCUGUGGUAUCUUCUUCAGGGGGUAAUCGGAGCAGCCCAGUUCCAACUAGUCAACCAUUUAGCUCUCCGAACAGCAGAAGUUGGCAAAGUACCACAAGUCCAUCUGUCCCAACAUCAACCAGCAGAACUGCUACUGGCUUUGCCAACAAAAACACUACUGAUGUCCCGAGAACAAUAGGGCAAGAGUCUGGAUAUAAGACCACUCCUACUGUACAAUCUCCAGUCAAUAAGGAUGUUCCUACUUCUGCAAGCACAACCAAAUAUGACUCCACAAACAGGAUGGCACUGGGAUUUUAUGGUAGCCCCGAAUCAAGAAACAAUGCCUCUAGUCCAUUGGGGCCAAAUAAGGACAGAAUGGCUACAAAUAUGUCCAACAGUCCAACAACUGGUUAUUUACAGGCAGGCAAAGGAAUCAAAGAUAUGAGUCAUUCUUCUUCAUCCCAGAACAACUCUCAGAGAGACGCCCAAAAAGAUUUGGGGCGCACUGCUCAACAAACCAAAUUGACUGGUGCCUCGGGAAAUACCAUAACAGUGUCUUCUCUGUCUACUGGAAAGUGGUCUUCACCAUCUACUAAAGAUGACACAAAGGAAGCGGAUACCUCCUCGAAGCCUUGGGUUUCAUCAGCUGCAAAAAAAAAAGAAGCCCGUGACAAGUUUUUUCAGUCAAGUCCCAUUGUUCCGGAGCCAACCACAAAUCCGUCAUCAAAUGUUCAAGAAUCUCCAAAAAUAUCUGUGUCCAAUGGACUUGGAAGAACAGUGGUUAUUAAUGUAAUGCCACGAAUGUCUGAGGCCAACACUGAAAAGGAUAAAGUCGUUAUUAAUGUAACGCCACGAAUGUCUGAGGCCAACACUGAAAAGGAUAAAGCUAGGAACUUUCUUUUAAAAAAUAUUCCUAGUACAGAGUCUCCCAAGCCUUCCCAACCUGCCGACAUUUCCAGCAGUGUAUCCACUCCUAAAAGGUUACCGGAUUCUCAGCCAAACGGAACAACAGUUUCUACUUCCAAAAUGGAGCCUGAGAAACCUGUUCCGAAGGAAAGAAAAAAUAAAGUGCCAACAUCUGUGUCAAGUCCUGAGCCCCCAAAACGUCAGUCAACCCCAUCAGCCAGUAUCAACAAAGGAAUUGGAACGCCAAGGCCAGAUAAGAGUCCUGUACCAGCACCUCGUACACAAAGUGCACAGCCUAGUGUGCCUGGUCCUGGCAGAGCCCAGAAGGUGGACGACGACUCUUCGAAAACACAAAAUACUGGCAAUAAAGCGGCAAAAUCUGAAGCCCCCGAGGACUGGAGGUCGAUGCUGAAGUCUGUGGACAAGAAACCUGUUGUCCAACGUACCGUGCAUGAGCCGAAGCCAGCGCCAAAGGAGCCGGAGAGCACUACAACUCCCAAGAAACAAACAACUAUAACCAUCAUCGCUCCAAGUCCUGCAAACAAAGAGAACAAGCCAGUUGAGCCGCCUGCGCCCACUGUUACACCAAGCCGGGUGGUCACAGAAUUGCCCAAAGUGGGCCCCGGUAAGAAGAAACUUCUGGUUGCCAAAAUAGACCUGUUAAAUGAUUGGCCCCAACCUGAGCUAAAGUGGCAGGAAGGCGCCAUGACCCACGACCCCGAGGUACCUGGUUGGCGUUCACACUGGACAUCGGACAAAGAAAACUUGAAAAACUCUUCUGUUACAGACAAGACUUCUACAGAUAAACUCCCUGUUAAAAACUCCAAUCCAACUUUGGUGGAAACCAACGACGUUGCCUCCCCUAACAAGAUUCGUCCUGAAUACAUUCCAGAAAAAGAGAUCCAGAGACAGCUGGAAAUCAUUGAGCAAGAACUGGACUACCUAGAGCAGCAAGGAGUGGAGUUGGAGAAACAGCUGCGUAGUUGUGAUGGAGAUGAUUCGGAGGACUCGCUUAUGGUGGACUGGUUCAAGCUCAUUCAUGAGAAGCAACUUCUGCUGAGACAGGAAUCUGAGCUCAAUUACAUAUCCAGGCAGCAAGCUCUGGAGAACCAGCAGCAGGAUGUGGAGACCGAGCUUCGCAACCUCAUGAACAAGCCAGAGCAUCUGAAAUCUGAAAAGGACAAGACCAGGGAGAAGGAACUUCUGGAUAAAUAUCUGCUCAUAGUCAACGACAGGAGUGAGAUUAUCGAAUGCCUGGAUGAAGACCGAUUACGGGAAAAGGAAGAGGAUGAAAUGAUGGAAAAUAUGAUCCGAAAACAUUCAGAUUCCCAACAGAAGCAGCCCAGUCCAGAGCCCAACCUGAAGAGGAGAUCCCGAUUAAGCUUCUCAGGCUGGUUAAAGCCCAAAGAUAAGAACAAAACUUAAGACCGCCUUAAACAGCGGCAGGAGCCACUUUUGCAGUAAGCCGCGGUAUCUUGCACGUGACGUCUUGUGGAAACACUGGAUCACCAUUCAGAAGCUGAACUCAUCCCUGGACUUUAUCCUGGUUGUAGGAAAAUCGCGAGCGAAUCUAUUGCCGCCGCUAACCCUUCGCUCUCCGCAAUGUUUGCACGGCGAUGGUAUAUUACUGCAGGAACGCCUGUGGAUAUUCCGACGGUCUCAGUUUGCAGGUGGAGGUGUCGGGUUAUACUAGCGCUGGCUUCCUUGAGUGAGUCAUGCAGUAUCUGAGAAUUUCCCGUCUUGCGUCCUGAUGUUUACACGUGGCCUGGACGAUACUGUGAGCUGGCUGGAUCUGCCAGUCGCCUUCCGUCGUGUGCAAGGGCUGGAGGAAGGUGAUCCCGCAAGUGCAGGCCCAGGAAGCCUUCACGGAUCAGGGCUGUACAUAGUGACGAGGAAUGCUCUGCAGAACACCAGCCGUGUCCUCCACCCCCUCCUUCUGUCUGCUGACUAUGUCACCUAUCUGUGAAGAGCCAAGUCCCUGCUGAGCGAGAUCCAAAGUCUAUUGUCUUGGGCCUGGCCUAGCACGAUAUGGAAAGUUUACACAGAGGACUGCGAAAAUUCCUUGAGCGCGUUUUGGGCCGAGCUCGGUCAGCCCUGCGGGGACUCGUGUUUUCUUUCUCUUUUUUUAUUUUUUUAUUUUAUUUUCUGUGCAAUUUGCCUCUUCUAUUUAAAAGCCGUCUCCGUUUUGUAAGUUUGGAGAUUUCCUGAAUAAAUAUAUGGUUUAUUAUA